AUGGCACCUUUCCCACCCCCGCCGGUUAACACCAUCGACUGGUCCAAUGUCGGGUUCAAGGUGCGAGAAGUCAACGGUCAUGUCGAGUCGCAUUACUCGGUCAAGACGGGCAAAUGGACCCCGCCCCAGUUUGUGACGGACCCUUUCAUCCGUAUCCAUGGCAUGUCUCCGGCCUUGAACUACGGCCAGCAGGCCUAUGAGGGCCUCAAGGCCUUCCGCACCCCGUCGGGCGACAUCCAGAUCUUCCGCCCCGACCGCAAUGCCGCCCGCAUGCAGCACUCGGCCGAGUUCAUCAGCAUCCCGCCUGUCCCGACCGAGCUCUUCCUCGAGGCCGUCAAGGCCGCCGUGGCUCUGAACGCCGAGUAUGUCCCGCCGCACGAGACCGGCGCCGCCAUGUACAUCCGACCCCAGAUCUAUGGCUCUAGCGCGCAGCUGGGCCUGAAUCCCCCGGAGGAGUACAUGUUCUGCGUUUACGUGCUGCCGACCGGCGUGUACCACGGCACACAUCCGGUAAACUGCCUGAUCUUGGACGACUUUGACCGUGCUGCCCCGAAUGGCACCGGUAGUGCAAAGGUUGGAGGCAACUACGCGCCAGUGCUGCGGUGGAGCGACAAGGCCAGGACUCAGGGCUACGGUAUUACCCUCCACCUGGACAGUGCUACGCAUUCCGAGGUGGACGAGUUCAGCACUAGUGGAUUCAUUGGAGCUCUGACCGACGGCGAGAAUGUUACACUGGUUGUACCGGACUCCAAGAACGUCAUUGAUAGUGUAACCGCCAAGAGCAUCACCGAGAUUGGAGAAAGCUUCGGAUGGAAGGUAGAGAAGCGAUCAAUCAAAUACACCGAGCUUCCUCAGUUCUCUGAAGUCAUGGCUGCUGGUACUGCUGCCGCGCUUGUACCUAUCCGGUCCAUUAGCCGGCCCUUCGACCCGGCGUCACCUGCCUCCAUCAGCUCCGCCGUCAAGCAGCACCCACGCUUGGCUGCCGAGAAGAACCAGGAGAAGGUCACCUAUAUCAAGGAAGACCAAGAGGAUGCCGGUCCCAUCUGCCUGAAACUGCUCGCUCAGCUCAAGGGCAUCCAGCUCGGCAAGGUCAAGGAUGAGUUUGGUUGGUGCGCACCUGUAAGCGAGACGGAUGGUUCCAAGGUCUCGGGUGCACCAAACGGAGCAAAUGGAGCAGCGCAGACAGUCGACCAGAUGGACUAG